AUGGAAGAAGAUUCAGCGGAGCAACAUAAUGAAAUAGAAAUGAUGGACGAUGAGGACGAGAGGAAAAAAGCAAAAAAUGCAAAGAAAAAGGUUUACAUUCCUGGCAUAAGUCGACCAUUGCGUGAGGAUGAAGACUGGGAUUUUGAUCCUGAAGCAUAUCACUUAUAUCACAGUUUUGAAACAAGGUGGCCUUGCCUCAGCUUCGACACAAUUGCUGAUAAUCUUGGUGAUAAUCGUACGGAUUUUCCAUUAAGCUGUUAUUUGGUCGGCGGGACACAAGCUGAGAAAGCAACAAGCAACGAAUUAAUUGUUAUGAAGCUGUCAAAUUUGAACCCAAUCGAUGAUGAAGGAGCAUCUGAUAGCGAAGAAGAUCUUGAAGAAAAUCCUCAAAACAAAGAACCAAAACUUCAUGCUGUAGCUAUCCCACAUAUUGGCAUCGUCAAUCGUGUAAAAGUGACUACUCUUGGUGAAAGCAAAGUGUGUGCUACAUUUAGUAGCCAAGGAAAAGUAACAUUAUGGAAUCUCACUCAAGCAAUGGAAGAAAUAUCCUGUGUGGAAGGACGCGACCGCAUCAUGAAACGCCCGAAAGAGCGGCCUUUAUUCUCAUUCACUGGUCAUCAAAGUGAAGGAUAUGCUCUGUCAUGGUCGCCGAUUAAAAUGGGAAGGCUUGCAUCAGGUGACCUCAGACAUAAAAUACAUUUGUGGACGAUGGCUGAAGGUGGUCGGUGGGUUGUUGAUCAGAAACCUCUUACGGAACACAUGGAUUCCGUGGAAGAUCUUUGUUGGUCACCAACAGAAGAAGCAAUGCUUGCUUCUUGUUCAGCCGAUCAUAGCAUCAAACUGUGGGAUACGAGGUCUGCACUGCCGGAUGCCUGUGUUUGCACUAUAGAAAAUGCUCACGAAUCACAUGCAAAUGUUAUAUCAUGGAACAAAUUUGAACCGCUUAUAGUAAGCGGGGGUGAUGACACGACGUUGAAUGUAUGGUCACUUAAAACUAUGCAGUACAAAGAACCUGUUGCUCGGUUCAAACAACACAAAGCACCUAUCACCUCCGUAGAAUGGUCCCCUCACGAUACGACAACAAUGAUAGCAUCUGGAGAAGAUAAUCAAGUAACGAUCUGGGAUUUAGCCCUUGAAGCCGAUUCGAACGAAAAUAUUGUGGAAGUACCUCCGCAAUUGUUGUUUGUCCAUAUGGGGCAGAAAGAAGUGAAAGAGGUGCACUGGCAUAAUCAGAUUCCGGGUUUUGUGGCCACAACGGCAUUAUCUGGCUUCAACGUGUUCAAACCGAUAAAUUUAUGA